AUGGGUGAAAGCCAUGAAGGAGAAAGCAGCAAAGAUGUGGGUGAUAGUAGUUACAGUGCGGAGACCGAGGCAGAAGGAACUUUGGAAGAAGAUGUGGAGGAGAUAGAAGUGAGGCCAAGGGGUUAUGACAGGGAGUUUUGGGAACCGCUUUUAGGUGGCGACUAUGGUGGUUCCGAUGCUGUUAAUGUUGUGUUCAACGAGGAUGAGAUUGUUGAAGGGCUGAAGAAAAAGACAGGGCCAGGAUCAUACUUUUGUGAUACCGGAAGUGCUUUUGACCACUAUGUUGAGGUUGGUGGCCAAGGCGGAGGUGAAAGGGAAGCACACAUGAUGAAGCCAGAGGAUUGUAAUCCUUGGAAUGGAGGCGGGAGUGAGGAUGCUGUAGGUGGAAACAUGAGCGCUAAACCAACACGUAAGCUUGCAGAUAUUGACGAUGAGGAGUUUGACAUCCCCCCAAUGUUUGAUGAUACAGAAUACGACGCUGCAGAAAUCCCCGACAUGGAUGUUGAUGUAAAUGACGGCCAAAUAGUUGUGGAGAAAGUGUUUGGUAGUAAGCAAGAUUGUCAGAUCGCUCUCGCGAUAUAUGCAAUUAAGAAGCAGUUCAAGUUUACUCAGACAAGGACGAAAGUUGGUUCUUUUGUGGUGGAGUGUCCAGAUAAAAGGUGUGAAUGGCGUGUGACAGCACAUGAAAUAAGGGGUUGUGGUUUCUAUGAGAUAAGGAAGGCGCAGCUUGAUCAUAUCUGCCCCAUUGAAUUCAGACAGGGCUACAAGUCGAGAGCAACAUCUCGGGUUAUUGCAGCAGUGUACAAGGCAAAGUUCGGAGACCCGGGUAAGGCACCAGUGGCUCGUGAUUUGCAGAAACUUCUUUUGGAGGACCUCCGUGUAAAUGCCUCUUACAUGAAGUGCUAUAGGGCGAAGGACAAAGCAAUAUUAAGUGUGCGAGGGUCCGAUGAGGACGCCUAUUUGAAGCUGCCAGAGUAUCUUCACAUGCUCAAGCUUGCCAAUCCUGGUACAAUUGCUGAUUUGGAGACAGAUGUAGAUGAAGAUGGUGAUGAACGUUUCAUGUACUUGUUUCUCGCAUUUGGUGCUUCCAUCAGUGGGUUCAGGAAGCUAAGGCAUGUUUUGGUGAUAGAUGGUACACAUCUAAGUGGAAAGUAUAAAGGUGUUUUGUUAACCGCCAGUGGUCAGGAUGCAAAUUUUCAGAUCUUUCCUUUAGCAUUUGUUGUUGUGGACAGUGAGGAUGAGGAUGCGUGGACAUGGUUUUUGCAAAAAGUUGAGAGGAUUUUGUGGGAUUCUCCUACGCUUGCCAUAAUAUCUGACAGGGCUGUUUGUAUUUCCAAUGCAGUGAGUAAGAUUUAUCCUCAAGCAAAGCAUGGAGCUUGCAUAGUUCAUUUGGCUAGGAAUGUGAACUCUAGGUUCUCUAGCAAACACUUAGCGCAAAUGGUGACGGCUGCAGCGAUGGCCCAUAUGCCUAAAGAGUACAAAGAACUCUAUGCGAAGAUCCGUGCCACUAACAGUGCAUGCGGGGUAUAUCUUGGUAAGAUUGGUGUUGCUAAAUGGUCCCGCGCUAAUUUCACCGGUGAAAGGUAUAACAUCAUGACUAGCAAUAUUGCUAAGCAGCUGAACAAAGCGCUUUUGGAAGGGAGGGGGGCGAACAUUUAUGAGUUGGUAAAGUUUAUUCAGAGGAUAAUGACGAGGUGGUUUAGUGCUAGGAGGAAAAAAUCAGAGAAACACAGAGGGGCUGUGAGUGUGGAAGUGGACAAAGAGAUGACAAAAAACAUGGCAACUGUUAAAGGAAGUAGCAUAAAUGCUGUGAAUAACUGGACGAGCCAGAUAGUGGGAAAAUUUAGCAAAUCAGAUAAGGUAAUGCUUGCUGAGAAGAAGUGUAGUUGUAAGUAUUUUGAUAAUAUCAAAAUUCCUUGCGGACAUGCGAUGCUGGCAGCGGACGGGCUUGGAGUGCCUUACGAUACAUUGUGCGGGCAUUGGUACAAGACAACGGUGUGGCGAGAGACAUAUGCAAGGGUGAUCAGUCCAGAGGAAGACCCAAGGGAUGUUGACAUACCUGAAGAGGUUAGUAGUAUGGUUGUGUACCCUCCAAUCACAAAAAGGCAAGCUGGACGUCGUCGCAAGACACGCAUCCCAUCGACUGGGGAGAUACGGGUUCCAAAGAAGAAACUUGUGCAGAACAGGUGUGGUAGGUGUGGAGGGUAUGGGCACAAUCGCACGAACUGCGCCAACCCCAUCUAA